AUGGUUGCUGCAAUUUCAGCUGGGACUACUCCAUCUUUCUACACCCAAAAUCCAAUCAAACGACAACUCCCAAAACUACACCAAAGUGGUGUCGUUUUGGUGUGUUGCCUCAAUAGACGUGAAGAACAAAUCAAUGGUACAACAACAACAAAUAAAGAAGCUAAAGAAGAGAAGAAGAUGAAUAUGAAUAUGAUGAUGUCGUUUGACAAGUUUGGAAAGUGUUUGAGAGAGAAUUUGAGCCCAAAACAAAAGGGUGAUUGGAAAGAUUUGACUUUGAUGAGUUUGUCCUUUGCUGUUUAUGUUUAUAUUUCUCAAAAGAUUGUUUGUGCUUACUUUGCUUGGGUCAUGUCCAUGCCCAAACAAUUAUGGUAG